AUGUCUGACUCGAACCGUGGAACGCCCGGCUUUGGCCCCCAACCCGGCAUUGCGCCCGAAGACAUGAAGCAUGGCAAUUGGCCACGCCACUCGCGCAACCCGCGUGCCGAGCCUCCCACCCCUAUCACCGUUGCGCCCUGUCCUCGUCCUGGUCCUGCCCAGGAGACCGCUGCGGCUGCCUCGGCUUCACAGCCCAUCCAGAAGGGCAUGUCCGAGAAGGAGGACGACAUCACGGACGAAGAUAUUCGCCUGUGCCAACGCAUCCUUGAACACACAAUCACCAAUUCCCCCCAGUACCGUCUCCCUUUCACUGAGGACACAGAGGCCUGGCACCCAGUCAUUUGCACCCUUUUAGACAACGACAAGCUCUCGCAGGCGACCACCACCAAAGCCAUGCGCUUGAUCCUCGGCCGUGCCCGCGAUGGAGAGAGCUCUACCGCAUUCCCCAUGGGCCCAAUCCUUGCCGAGUGUGCUUCGUUCUCGGCCGCUGCUCAACGCUCUACCGGCAGCCUCUUCCUGCAGCCCGCCUCGGCCGCCCACUUCGACACCCUUGAGACGACCGACGACGGCCUCUAA